CUGACGGAAAUGCAAUUCACACUCGAGUGAUAUGCAGACACUGCCAGAAGCUGCAGGCAGUACGGUUUCUCCUCGAUACACGAACACAGCCCCGUUAAAACUCGGAAGGCAAGCACCAGCGAAAGCCGACAUUAGCACCGAGAGGUGAGGGGGGGGAUCUGCCGUUUGUCACCGUUACCUGGAUUAACCCUUCACGUCGCGCAGGGCCGGGCAGGAGGACCCAGGCGCCCUUCCCGUCACCCGCACACUAUGGAAGCAGAAGCGCUGUACAAUUUUGUGGCGUCGGCCGCGGAUGAGCUGAGCUUCAACAAGGCAGAUAUUCUGAAGGUGCUGAACAUGGAAGAUGACCCGAACUGGUAUAAGGCUGAAUUACAUGGCGUAGAAGGUUUUAUUCCCAAGAACUACAUUAAAUUGAAGCCACACACCUGGUAUGUAGGCAGAAUCUCCAGGAUGUCAGCAGAAGAAAUGCUUCUGAAACAAGAAUUCAUCGGGGCUUUUCUACUACGAGAAAGUGAGAGCUCACCCGGUGAAUUCUCCAUAUCUGUAAAUUAUGGCAAACACGUGCAGCACUUUAAGGUUCUUCGUGAUAACGAGGGCAAAUAUUAUUUGUGGGAAGAGAAGUUCCACUCCCUCAAUGAGCUCGUGGACUUCUAUAGGACAACUACAAUUGCAAAGAAACAACAGAUUUUCCUGAGAGAUACAAAGCCUGACGAAGAGGUGGAUAAACCCGUUUUUGUGCAGGCUUGCUUUGACUUCUCUCCGCAAGAUGAUACGGAGCUGAACUUCUACCGGGGCGACGUCAUCGAAGUGCUGGACACCAUGGAUGCCAACUGGUGGAAAGGAAGGUGCCACGGCCGCGUUGGCUACUUCCCACGGAACUACGUGCAGCCAAUGAUGCAGUGACGCCUAGCUGCAACUGGAUCUGAUCAAGAACAUCAAGGAGAAGCCUUACAUCGUACCGCUUCUGUUUUAUGUCAGGCCUGGUCCCUGCAUCAGUGACUACACUUCAAACGUACUUCAUUGGCUGUAAUGCGCUUUGGGAUAUCCUGAGAUUAUGAAGGACAUUAUAUAAAUGCAAAUUUCUUCCUCAUUGACUUAAGCACAAAAAUUACAAGUAGUCAGACAGACUCUAUGUCCCUUCCUUCCGUGUAGAGUUUUGUGCAUGACUUUAUUUGCUUUGCACUUGGAUCUCUGAGCCUCAUAUUGAUGUGGAAUAUAAAUUAAAUCCUGAGAAGUUAUCCAGAGGUCCAACGAAAUAACAACCCCCAAUUGUUGCAGCAUUUCAGUUCACGUGUCAAUGGCAAAUCUCUGCUGUGUAUGUAACAUUUGAGGAUGUUGUCAAACAGAAAAGUUUAAAAAAGAUCAUCUUCAUAAAUAAAAUGUAUA